UGUCGCUUUGCGCAUGUCAAAGGCAGCGGUCUUUGAUCCAAGAUGGCGGCUGGCGCGGGAGUCGAGAGCGAAACUUGUGGAACGUGUUGUUCGAAGCUGAAGGAUCUUAUCAGAGGUUACGAAAGAAAGCUUGGCCUUGAUGGGAACAGUACGGACGGCACCAAGUGUCACAUCUUUGGCCCUUUAAACUUUUGCUUAGAACACAACAAAUUCACUGAACACAUCAAUAGCAUCAGAUCCAAGUGCCUUCAAUGCAAGUCAUGGCCGGAUGGAAAGAGGGAGAAAGCGAUAAAAGCAUCAUUGGAGAGACACCAGCAGGCUCAGAAUCUAGCACCAAUGAAAGUGUUCAUCAAGGAGUGUCUAGACAAGCUACAGCAUGCCAUGAGAGAUAACUCAAUCAAGGGAGUUGUACAAAGACUAGAAGCUAUUACCAGAAAUGUAGGGUUGAAAUUUUACGAUAAUGGAAAUGGAACAGACUGUUUCAUUAGCUCUGACAUGUUUUAUGUUGAGGUGAAGAUGGAGACAAAUGGCAAAGUCUCAGAAGUGAAAGUAGCUCAUGCCGGUGAUCCAGAGAGCUGUCCAGAGCUGACUAGAGUGUUAAGGGAGGGGGAUUAUGAGGAGUUUGCCUGCCACUUAAAGGGCUUGUCUGAUCUCUAUGAGCUGUCUGGUGAUACAUUCCAGAAAUCUAAGAUUCUUAUGGCCUUAAAAGCAGCAGAGGUUGACUUGAAUAUGAUAUCUGCUCUCUCUGGACCCUGUGACACCUCAACAGAUACGAUUCUUCAAUGUCCUGUUGGUUUUGCAACACCAAGACAAGGAGGUCGUUUGAUGAGGCUUACUUACUUCGCAUCUCCUUAUGACUUGCUGGACAGGAAUAAUCCUGGAAAAAACUUGGAGUUUUCCAAAGACAAUUUCCCCCCUCUUGACCUUGGCUGUUGGGUGAGUGUGUCUGUGGAGCAGUCCAAGAAAUGUCUGCUGCCGACAAUGCCUCUUGUUGAAGAGCCCAUGAUGUCAGGGAUGCUUGAUGAACACCUCAUGAGUGUAAAGUACCAGCCUCUGAAUGAUAACAACAGUGAUGAACUCCCUGCUUCAUUUGUACUACAGCUGAACAAACCCAUGCCUGUAGCUGUCGAAAGUGUGCAAAAGAUAUACAGUGCCAUCCAUGAGACAGGAAAUUUUGUACAUUCAUCUAAAGUUCCCAUUCAUUCUUUGGUGAUUAGAGAGUGGUUACAGAGCAAAGGGAUUGAAGAAGGAGAUAACAUCGAUACGUUCUAUGCGGUGAUCCCAAACCAUUAUCAUACGUACUACCUGAACAACUGUGACCCACAAGAGGUGACAAAUGUGUCGAGAAAUGGGGUGCUGAUUCAUAGGGUGCCAUUCACACACCCUCGUCAUGUCCCUGUUAUUAUCAAGCAACUAAGACGACAAGUGACAUACAACACACUGCUGACCAGCGCAUUGAGGACUCACAAGCCUCCUCCGACAAUUGAGGGGAAGUCAGAGCACACAUUUGAGCUGAGUACAUCCGGGACCUUUACUGUUACCAUCACUUUCGCUCACCCUUGCUCUGUCGGGAUGGCUUCUAUUGAUUUUGCUGUUGGGGAGGACAGUUCAAUCCUGGCAUUUCUGCACACAGUUCCAGGCCAACCAGUGUUCUGCAGUAACGACUACAUAUCCAGAGUCAUGCAGAGGUGUCUCUCGAUCCCUGCAACAAUGCGAUGCCUGAUCCGCAAGGCCGAGUCUUUCAAGCCAGAGGAACUACCUGUCAAGACCACUGAGCCCGCGGUUUUGACGCCAGCGCUCACCAGCGCCACGCAGCCGUCAGUCAAACUCGACAGGCUAAGCAUCCCGGGUAAUCCGUUCUUCACCCCAUCUGGUCCUACCACUCCAGGGUUCUUCACUGCUUCGCCCACAUUCGCAAGUCUCGCCCUCGAGACCCCGUCGCCCACACUCGGCGCUUUCCCGUUCUCUAUAUCGCCUACGAUGUCAUCCUUUACUUUCACUGGCUCCGAAAUGGGCGCUAUGAACUUAGAAUCCGGCUCGAUAAAACAACCCGAGAAAAAACUCGACACACCAAAGCCUCCGUCAACUCCUAAACUAACUCUUACAUUAAAGCGAAAACGAGCCGAUGAAUAUGUCGUCAAGGACUUUCAGAUGCCCGAUGAUGUCCCAAAACCCGAGAAGAAGUCUCCGGAGCACCCGACAACCCAGCCUUCGUCUGUCGGAGUGGUUUCGGAGUCACAAAUGGACGUGGACGGCCCCGGCAUGAUAGAUGAGGGAAUGAUGGAGGGAAUGGCGUCUAAUUUCGACUCGAGUUUCAUGCUGGGGCCGGGAUUCGCGGAUGUUAGCGGGAGCGACUCGAGGACGACUAUGAAUAUCGUUUCGUCUAUGGCAUCCAUGGCGUCUACCAGCGGGCUGGGCAGGGGUGGAGACUCGGGGGGUGACCUGUUCGAGCUAUCCACGGGUGGGACAGAUGGCGGUGACCUAGAGGGAAUACUGCAAAGUCUACCGGGGGCAUCGCACCUCCCGCCAGGCAUCGUGUCUGUGGGGGGUGGACUGGACUUCGACGCCGGACUUGGGCCUGGUGUGCAUAACAUCGACGUCGACCCCAACUUCGAUAUCGACGCCGCCAUUGACGCCGACACCUCCAACGACCCCAGCAUCGCAGGCGUCGUAGCGUCCGCUGGCGCGUUUGACGUGGACUCAGCUCUGGACUUUGACCUCGACCACAUCACGGGCACGCCUGGGGACCUCUCAGUGACGUCAGCAGGAGACCACGGCACAGGGUUACCGGAAGGACUACUUAGCCCUGAAGACGCCAUGGGCAUGGAUACGGGUUUGGGCGCACACGGGGACUGAUCACGUGAUACUUAUCCCAUUAACAGAUCAUUUGACCUAUGAAUGAUCACGUGAUAUUGCUACCCACAUGACCAGUGCUGACAAUGUGACACGAGCUAAUCACGUGUGUGAUCAUGGGAAUACUAGGGUUAUGAAAAAAUCAGGGAGGAACGUAGUCAAGACAAAAAAUCAAAAACAAAAAACACGACGCGGUCGAUUCACCGUAAGCCGGCUCUUAGUAAAAAUUAUAGAUUUUGAAAAAGUGUAUAUAGGCUGUAUAGUAUUUAACAAAAGUAAUAUAGAAGUUAAGAAAGAACGAUGUUUUGUGAACAAA